AUAUAUAUAUAUAUGUAUAUAUAUAUAUAAUGCACUUGUUUGGUGGUUUUGAUCUUCGCCAAAUCCUCACUUAGUGGUGAUCUCGUAUGGCAUAUUAUCUAUGGAUACACACUCAUGCUUUGAAAAUAUCAGAUUUGUCUCCCAAGUUGUGUCAUUGCCAAAUUCUUUUCCCACUACCAGUCCACCACUUUGUGAUGUGAUGUAGGGGAACUGGCCUCUCCCCCUUCAAAGAAACCUGACCAAACGGAUUACGUAUUUUGUUUCCUUCUACUCUAUCUUCUAGCAAAAUUAACUGAUGAAGAAGAAUAUGUUCUCCAAGUUUACCAAUAUCAUCCAGCAGGCAGUCGACGCAUUCUGUUCCUGAAGCUUAUUUCUGACAACUCCAUCUAACAACAUCAUGUCUUGGGUUAUGCACAGGCUGCAAAGACGGUUGUGGCAGCGUUCCAAACAAAUUGAGAUUGCACCUAAUCUUACAUUGCAAGAAGAAUUUAUUCAUCAUUGGAAAGCCAUAACUAAUUAUUUCAUAGAAAACAAAGCAUCUCCAGAUCUGCGUUCAAUGAUUUUGUCUCAUUACCAUGCUGUAGCACAUCCCUUUCGCAUGAAUUCUCAGAGUCCACCUGUUGCACAUAGCGAAAGAGCCUUUGUUGCUAACAGAGAUGAGAGACUGCCUGCAGACCAAACAAACCUCCCAAGCCAUUUGGAACAGAUGUUGUCUAUACUCCAGCAAGAAGAGCAGACAUGUGAAUCGGGUAGCACUGGGCCAUGCAUGGAGUACAUGCUUCACCACAAGCUGUUGGAGACUCUUUACACACUGGGCAAGAAUGAUAGUCCACCUGGGAUGAAGCAAGUUGUUCUGUCAUUUUUCACACGACUUUUGACCCGGAUCAAGCAGCCUCUCUUACCACAUAUCAAUGUUCACAGAGCUGUACAGCGAUUGAUUAAAAUAUGUGGUGAAAUUAAGUCUGGACCAUCUGAAAAUGAAGAAAUUCAGUUUUUGUGUACAUUAUGUGCCAAAAUCAAAUCUGAUCCAUACUUAGUAAACUUCUUUUUGGAGGUCCCCAAGAAUUCAGAUGGACCAAAAUAUGCACAGCUUUCACCUUUGUCACAAAUGGGGCCAAAGUCAUCAAAGCGUUCCUUAGAGUAUUCCAUUGUGAAUUCAUUGUUGGCAAUGUGCUCCAGUGAGGAUGGAAGAGUUGCUGUGAAAGCUUGUGAAGGUCUAAUGUUGUGUUCAAGUCUUCCAGAGAAAUCUGCUGUUACCUGUCUCAUAGAAAAUACUGACUUCUGUGCCAAUCUGACCAACCGUCUCAUUAAGCUCUACCAACGUUUACCUUCUACAGUCAAUCCAGAUGACCUAGAUGCAGUUUAUGCAAAAUGGGGGUUGGAUGGAAUAUCUGAAACUGAAAACCAACAAACUUUUCCUGGUAAACGCAAUGUUGUGUCUUUCCUCUCUUGGCUUGAUUACUGUGAUCAACUAAUCACUAUUGCCAAUCCCACAGUCGCUCGAGCUUUUGCUAGAUUUAUCUACAGCAACUUUCUCGUAGCAUUCAUUGAACCAGCCAUCAUGCAAACGAGUGAGUCUGGUGUGGUGGCAGCUACAGCUUACCUUAGGCGGUGCUUAAAGACUGUUGUGUCAAGUAUUUUGCUGUCUGAAUUUGUGCGUUUCAUUUUGGGAGAUGAGAAGAAACCUGAAAAGUCCCAGGAGAGUUCUUGUAAGAUGAAGAUGCGCCUCAUAGAAAGAUGUAAUCACUUGUCUGAAGAGAUUUCUUUGAUAUCACUGAAGCUUUUUGAUACUUUGUUACAAAAGAAUUGUAGCUUCAUUGUAUACAACUUGGUGCUGCGUAAUUUAGAAGGAGGGAAACACAUUCAGUCAGGAGUUUCCUGUCACUACAGUUUACAAUCUAAAUGUCCUGCAUCUUUGGCUGACACUGUUUUUAGCGAUUCCAUAACUAUAGAGACUAUGAGCGAAUCAGAUGACUCAAAGAGUAAGGAUUUGACUCAGACACCUCCCAGCAGUGUUGAAAUGGAACGAUUAGCAGAAGCCAUUGACGUACAAACUCUUUCUAGUGAUGAUUCUUCCCAUGUAUCACCUUUACAUUCUGUUUCUAAAGACGGAGAUCAGAACUCCCCACAACCCGAUGACCAAACAGUUUCGCUUCAAAGUAAUUCAGACACUGAAAAAAACCACAUUGAUUCAGCAACAGACAAUGUUUCCGUGGCUGAAACAUCAAAACCUCAACAACAGCAGCAGCAACAACAACCACAACAACAAGCUGUUUCAGAAAUAAAUGAUUCUGAUAAUCUAUUCCUCUCUCAAGAUAACAAAGCUCCUGAGAUGACUAUUAAAUAUUAUCGCUCAGAAGUUCAUAAAGUUAUUAACAGUUUCUUGUGCCUUUUACCUGAAGAUAUUAAAUCAGCUUUACCUGAAGCAGAUAGCGGUUAUGAUAUGUACUUACGGGAUGCUCAUAAACAGUUUAAGUCUUAUGAAAACAUGUGCCAAGACUGGAAAUGGCCUAAUCAAAUGGAUUGCAGUACAGAAUCAGACCAUGGCUUUUACGAAGGUGCUUUUCUUCAGAUGUUAUUUUCAAAAGUCUCUCAGAUGCUGCAUCAGAGUUAUGCUGUGAACCUUCAAGUUACAUCUGUGAUCUCUCGUCUAUGUCUGUUUCCUCAGCCAGUUUUGCAUGACUUUUUCUUGGAUCCUGCUCUGCCAGUAACAAAAGAUAUUAAAUUAUUAUAUUCAGUCUUGCAAAAGGUUGUUAGUGAUAUAAAAUCCAGGAAAAAAUCAAAGGCAAACUUCUCUCAGAUGCUUCAAACUACUCGCAAGCUAUUGAUUAAUGAGCAUAAAACCAUAGACAGCAUGCGGCAUGAAAGUGUCCCACCAAUUUUCUGCAUGGACACAGAAACUUUCAAUGAAAUGUCUGCUGUGAUUGUACUGGAAGAAUUUUGCAAGGAACUUUCAGCUAUUGCCUUUGUGAAACAGUAUGCUGUAAUUACUCGACUAUCUUUGUGAAAUCCCUUGGAGCUAUAUGUGAUAUUAAUGGAGAGAAAAUGGUAAAAGAAAUACAAGUCAAUAAAUAAAUAAUCCAACUAAAGUAAAAAUGGAACUGUGUGAAACACAUGACCACCCAAGAACAAAUUUACAUCUGUCCAUGAUUGCUUGAUGUGUGAGAAAUAGCAGUGAAAUAUCCCUUGAUCACACCCUACCAUCUUAGUAAAAAAAAAUAGAAAGAAAAAAAUGUUGGAUAAUGUGAUUCAGGGUGCACUAUGCUUGGAAUAAAGAAGCAGUGGUCAUGAUUGGAAGGCUUUUUGUCAUCGGGUCGUCCAAUCAAAAUUGGCCUUGCGCUAAACAUACACACACACACUCACACACACUUAAACACGCACACAUUUUUAAAAGCCUUCAAGAGUAAUUUUAUUUUAUUUAUAAUUACAAAGUUUUCUCCCCGUCCUUUCUUGUCACUUCUUUACAUAGGCCCUAUCUGUGCAAUGCCUUACAUAUAAUAUGUGUGCAUGUAUGUAUAAUAUAUAUAUAUAUAUAUAUAUAUAUAUAUAUAUAUAUAUAUAUA